AUGACAUACCGAGGCGCGUUGCCUACGGGGCAGCCGGGCUUUCCGGACCAGCAGCAGCGGCGGUGGCAGGAUCACAAUCAUUUGUAUGGCGGUGAACCAGGCUACCAGGAAGGACAGUUCCAGCACCAGCACCAGCACCAGCACCAGCACCAGCACCAGCACCAGCACCAGCACCAGCAACCACCGUCGCCGUCGCCGUCGCAGCAGCAGCAGCAGCAGCAGCAGCAGGACCAUAUGGAUCAGAUGCAGCAGAUGCAGCAGCAGAUGCAGAUGCAAGAUCACCACGGCUUGUUUACCAACGGCAUGAAUGACCAGUACUACGCCCAGCAACAGCAAGGUCAAUUUCAUCCACAACAGCAGAAUCAAUAUGCCGCGAGGCAACAGGAGUACCUGCGUAUGCAGAUGGCGCGCCAGCAGCAGCAACCUCAGCCGGUGUCGCCUUUCGUAGGCGGCGCGAGCGGUGCUCAACUCCACAGUUUGGAUCAGUAUGCGCAGCGGCAAGCUCCAGCACAUCAACUGUCCAUGUGGCAGCAACCCCAUCAGCAAUACCCUGGGCACCCGUCUCCGAGGCAAAGCAUCAUGACACAACAACAGGCCCAGCAUUCCCAGGGCAUCCAGGGUAUCAUGCACGGGCAACACCCGCAGCACGCGCAGCAGCAGCCGGUGCCGGUGCCGGUGCCGGUGCCGGAUCCGAUGAUGCAGAGGAUGUAUCAACAGCACCAGGGCGCGCAGCAGCACAUGACGUCGCCGCAAAUACAUCAUCAGCCAUCUCCGUCACCACAGCCCAGGAAAUCGCCGUUGCUGCCAUCGCAGGCGCAGGUGCAGGCGCAGGUGCAGCGGAAGCAGUCGCUGCAAUCGCCAGCGGGAAUUCAAGCCAUGCAGUCGCCCAUACAACAACAACAACAACAACACUUGCCGCAACAUUAUCAUUCACCGCCUCCACCGCAAGCGCCGUUUCGUCCGCAGAACCAUGCGCAGUCACCACAACCGCACCAGCAGCCUCAACACCGGCAUCCUCCGUAUCACAAACUGCCUGCCCCGACUACACCUUUACCGCCGCAACCUCUCCCAGAACAAGCACCGGAUCCUGAUGACGAUGACGAUGACGAUGACGAUGACGAUGCCGAUGCCGAUGACGAUGCCGAACCAACGGUGCAAGAAAAGCAACAGUCACGUCCCGGCGCGCAUGGCCACGUGCUUCAACCGGUACCCGAACCUACGAUGACAGGAGAGCAACAACCACCCGUACUCGAGUUCGUCCCCGAACCCGAAAACGAACAAGCGUCGAACCCUGCAGUAGAAAUGCCGGUGCCGAUGCCGAUGCCGAUGCCCGAGCCACCGCCACAACCACAACCACCUAUACAAGAGCCUAUCAACUUUGUAAACCCUCAAGACAUAUUCAACGCCCCUCCACCUCCACCUCUACCGCGAUUGCCCAUGGCUGAUUUGCCCAUUCAGGGGCUGUCUGCAGAGCCUGCGCGCCCCCCGAACACAAUGAAUCCACCGAAUUCAAGUAUCGAGAUGCAAGCAUCUUCUGCGCCGCACCCCACCGCCGUAGGGAGCAUUCCCAAACCACCGACGCCAAAGCAGGAAGUGAAGAAGGAGCCAAAACAGGACGCCAAGUCCGAACCAUUGUCCCACAUAAAGUCAAGUCCACAGUCAUCCGUGACCAACUCACCGGCUCUCUCGACAAGGUCUCCAGCCUUUUCCAAGAAAUCGCCCGCUCCAAAAUCUCGACCUACGAACACGAUCCCCAUCAUGGUUGCCAUUGCCGAAGAGUGCCUAGAAAAAGCUCGCAAAUCGGUGCAUGACGUAGCCAUGUCUCUCGAUGCUUCUCAAGUCGACGAGUAUCAGAGAUUGAUCGCGACGAGCUUAUCAUGCUUGGAGGCAGCUAUGCAGAACAGUAAGCUUGCCCCUAGGGAAGAGGCUCGGUUACGAUUGAGGUACGCCGCCGUGUUACAGGAAGAGACGGAGAACUUGAUGGAAGCAGAGAUGGCACUUGGCAAAGGCAUCACCCUGUGUGACAAGCAUCGCCUGGUAGACAUGAAGUACUGCAUGCAGUAUCUGAUGCUCAAGGUCUUGUUUCAGCGCAACCACAAGGCAGCUUUGAAGGCCGUCGAUGGACACAUCUCCGAUUGCGAAGCGUUCAAACACGUGCCGUGGUAUUACGCCUUUCGUUUGUUGAAGUCGACAUUCUACAUGGCCAUGGGUAACGCGUCGGACGCUGCUGCAUUGGAGAACAUUAGGGCAGUGUAUCAUGUUGCUAACACCAGAGGCGACAAUGCUAUGAGAGUGCUCGCAUCUGUCCUGGAGGGCCUCACGCUGCUGAAAACCUCAAAGGAUAGCAGCAUUGAAAGAGUCAACUCGUGCAUUGCUCAAGCAGCCAAGUUCCAGUUUGAUCCUACCGUCAAGAUUGUGCAGCUGGAUAUCUUGAUUCUCAUACUGGACUUUGCCGCAGGCCUGUAUCAUUCGAGCCCUGAUACCACUGGUCAAAAGCUACGACUGCUGCAAACAAGACUCGAUGAAUGCGAAGGAUGGAAUAACGUCCAAUCUGAUUUCCACAUCCCGAUCAAGAGGCAACCAUACGGUGUCAGACUCAUCAGCGAUGAAACAUCUGCCAUACUCCGAGGAGGUGUCGAGGGGGAAGGGGAGUUUGAUUUUAUAGUCAUGUCAUUCAUGACGAAGGUGGAACUGAGAUCUCUUGUGCUUACGUUGAGCGGCUUAGCAAGCAUGCAUAAGCCCUCUUCGCAAGGUCGGCGAUCCACCGAAUUCUGGCUAGAAGGUGUUAGGAUUCUUGAUACUUGGGACGGUUUGACAGCAGGAAUUACCUACGGACCAUCGGUGUCACUAUCCACAGCUAUUCGACAACGGUUAUGGCGGACAGAUGCGCAAGCGUAUUUAUGUGUGCUGCUCGGUCUUCUAGCAGCGAGUCACUGCCAAUGGAACAGAGUGAAGCAGUUCAUGACGAGACUCGAGUCUCUCCUUACGUCGGCAACGCAACCCGCCGUUGCUCUUCUCUCAUCAUAUCUCACUGGCGUCUACAACCAAGGGACGGGCAACCUACAAGGGGCACUAGACGUCUUCCUCAGCCCGCAAUUCGACAUUCCCCAGUCAUCAAGCGGGGUCAGAGCCGGGCAGCGAGAAAUAGCCCUCCUGGCGGGGCUUAGUCGCCUUUGGAUCAUGCAGCAUCCCAGCUGUCGGAAUGAUCAGCAGACGCAGGAUCUCAUCGAGCAGCUGCAGCCGUUUUGCGCAGACCACUGGAACAUUGAUCUUCGGACAGCAUGGCACAACGGAAUCGCUGCGCUGGAGACGGACCCCCCCCAGCAACUCAACCAGCAAAAGCAGCACAUCCAAGCCGCAAUGUCUGGCUCCAAGGUGACCAACAACAUCCUCGGGGCGGCCGUGACGCUGUGCAUCAUGCGCAGCCGGUUUUUCGAAAACGUCAUCGGAGAGCAGGCACUCAAGAGCGCCCGCGCGGCAUCCAAGCAAGCGCAGCGAAGCGGCAACAUGCUAUGGCAGAGCGUGGCAGACGGCAUGCUCGCGCAGUCGUACGAAGUUCAAGGCCAGCGAGAAGAAUCUAGCAAGGAGUGGCAAAAGGCCACCCGGGAGGCUGGGGAUGCAUUUUCUGGGAGUUUGUGA